AUGGCGCCGUCGAGACUCUACAACUUUUCAUCGUCGGGCACGUCACCGACAUCAAGCUCCGCCUUUACGGUUCCCUCCGUUGCCAACUCCGAGACCGACUCGGCCGCCGACAUGCAUCCGCCAAUGAACGGCCACCGUCAGUUUGACGGCUUCUCAGACCCGGGCAUGACGCCUCGCGCUCCGAUGCCUAUAGCCAUCGUGGGAAUGGCCUGUCGCAUGCCCGGCAGCGUUGCGACUCCGGCAGAGUUUUGGGAGCUUUGCUCUCGUGCACGAAGCGGCUAUACCAAGGUGCCAAAGGAGCGGUUCAACCACGAUCUCUUUUACCAUCCCAAUCCGGGAAAGACUGGAGCAUACCACGCUCAGGGAGGCAACUUUCUGGAUGUCGACCUGGCCGCUUUCGAUGCUCCCUUUUUCGGCCUCACCGAGAAGGAGGCCAUAUCAAUGGACCCUCAGCAAAGGCUUCUGCUCGAGUGCACCUUUGAGGCUCUGGAAAACGCCGGUGUACCAAAGCAUUCCAUAGUCGGAAAGGACGUUGGCGUGUUUGUCGGUGGCAGCUUUGCCGAGUAUGAAAGCCAUUUGUUUCGUGAUAGCGACACGAUUCCGAUGCACCAGGCCACAGACCAGGCUGUGCGGGAUAAUGAUACCAUCCGGGCUGUUAUCAUGGGUACUGGUAUCAACCAAGACGGCAAGACGCCUGGUAUCACCAUGCCCAGUGGCGAGGCACAAGAGAAACUUAUCAACCAGGUUUACAACAACUUUGGUCUAGACCCUAUGGACUGUGGCUACGUCGAGGCCCACGGUACCGGUACCAAGGUCGGUGAUCCGAUCGAGGCCACCGCUCUACACAACGCUCUCGGUCAGGGCAGGACGGCAGCUGAUCCACUCUUUAUCGGAUCGGUCAAAUCGAACAUUGGCCAUUUGGAGGCUGCAUCAGGUUUGGCUGGUGUCAUCAAGGCUGCACUCAUGCUUGAGCGUGGUUUCAUUCUUCCCAACCACGACUUCAAAAAGCCAAACCCAAAGAUUCCCUGGAAGCAAUGGCACAUGACGGUGGCUAGAAGCCAAAGGCCUUGGCCCCGUGGCAAGAAAUACAUCUCGGUCAACAACUUUGGUUUUGGUGGUACCAAUGCCCACGUCGUCCUCGCCAAGGCUCCUUUCACCGCCGAUACUACAGUUGCAGCACAGCUUCAAAAUAAUGACUCGCGAAAACCCAAGCAGACCAAGAAGCUGAUUGUUCUUACGGCCAACGACAAAGAUUCCCUCGCCGGUGUCAUGAAGAAGCUGGUCAUCUACCUGGAGCAACGGCCCGAAGUCUUCCAGGCCGACUUGAUGAGAAACGUCGCUUACACCCUUGGCCAAAGGCGCUCGCAUCUGCAAUGGAGGCUUGCGGUUCCCGUGUCAACCUCAUUCGAGCUUGUUGAUACGCUAAACUCGGGCAAGGUUGUAUCGGCCAAGAUGCAGCCAGAGGCCCCCAGGAUAGGAUUCGUGUUUACAGGUCAAGGCGCUCAGUGGCACGGUAUGGGCCGUGAGCUCUAUGACUCUUACCCGGUCUAUGCGGCCGCCAUGGACCGUGCCGAUGCUAAACUCAAGGAGCUCGGUGCUACAUGGUCGUUGCUGGAGGAGCUGAGCAAAGAUGGCAAGACUUCCAAGGUGUCCGAGGCACACAUCAGUCAGCCCGCAUGCACAGCCGUGCAGUUGGCCAUCACGGACCUUCUCAAAUCCUGGGGCGUGGUACCCGUCGCCGUUGCCGGCCACUCGUCUGGUGAGAUUUGCGCCGCCUAUGCCGCCGGCAUCAUCAACUUUGACUCGGCCGUCGCCAUCGCUUACCACAGGGGUCGGCUGAUUCCCGUGCUCAAGUCCCGGCACCCCGACCUUGCCGGUGGUAUGAUGGCCGUCGGUGGGUCCGAAUCCGAUAUGCAGCCCAUGAUCGAUGCUGUCAAGCGCAAACAGCAAGAGGUUCGCAUCGCCUGCUUCAACAGUCCUUCCAGUCUGACCAUCUCUGGUGAUGCCUCGGUCCUGAAUGACCUCGAGCGCGUCAUCGAGGAGGAGCAGCCUGAAAUGUUCCGCCGCAAGCUGCAGGUUGACGUUGCCUACCACUCGCACCACAUGAACCUCGUGGCCGAUGAGUACCGCGAUUCGAUUGAGCACCUUUCCAAGCCGAGGAACACGGACGUGCAAUUCCACUCUUCUCUAUUUGGCAAGCGUGUCGAGGGCUACAAGUGUACUGCUUCGUACUGGGUUGAGAAUCUGACCUGCCCCGUCCGCUUCUCCGAGGCCCUCAGCGGCAUGCUCGAGGCCAAGCCCGAGGACGGUGUCAGCACCCUUAUCGAGAUUGGUCCUCACUCGGCUCUUCAAGGUCCCAUCAAGCAGAUCCUCGCCGCUGCUGGUCGCCCCAAGCUCCCCUACGCUUCGGCUUUGGUCCGCAACAAGGAUGCCGUCGACACGGCCCUUGACCUGGCUGGUAACCUCUUCAUGAAGGGUGCAUUCCUCAACAUGGAUGCUGUCAACUUCCCCAGCCACCUCCACGCCCCGGCUACUUCGACCAUUCCGUUGAACCUGCACACUUCGGCCGCCAAGCAGCCCACACUGCUCACCGAUCUCCCGCGCUAUGUGUGGAACCAUUCGUCCAAAUACUGGCACGAGUCGCGCAUGACCGAGAUGCACAAGUUCCGCAAGUUCCCGCGCAACGAUCUUAUUGGUGUCGAGGCCAUCUACUCUACCGAUGUUGAGCCUACAUGGCGCAACAUUGUGGCUCUCGAUGACCUGCCGUGGCUGAGGCACCACCGCAUCCAGUCUCUGACCAUCUUUCCCUUUUCCGGCUUCGUGGCCAUGGCCCUCGAGGCUGCAGCCCAACAGGCUCUGAAGAGAGAGGCCAAGUACGACAGGUUCGAGCUGCGCCGAGUUGUCGUCUCCAAGCCGUUGGCCAUGGGAGACGGCGACGUUGAGAUGGACAUCAGCCUCAGGCCACACUCCGACUCCCAGAAGCACCAGGCCGGAUGGAGGCAGUUCCGCAUUGCCAGCUGGACCAAGAACGGUGGCUGGGCCGAGCACUGCACUGGAGAGGUUGCCGCCUUGUCAGACGACGACAACGAAGUUGACGGCGAGCGUCAAAAGCAGGCUAUUCGUCGCAGGGUAGAAGCUGCUUCCACCAUGGGCGAGGAUGCCGUCGACGUUGCCGAGGUCGACAUGUACAACUGUCUGGAAGAUCUGGGCGUGACAUUUGGUGCUGCCUUCCAGGGCGUCAAGGCAUGCAAGGCUUCCAACACAAAGGCAUCUGCCGAUAUCGUUGCCACCGACAUUGCUGUCGAUAUGCCAAACCACUACAUGACCGAGUCGGUGUUGCACCCCAGUGUGCUCGAGUCUCUGGUCCAGAUGUACUGGCCCAUCCUUGGCGCCGGUCGCACAUCUCCCGACACAGUCUACCUGCCAUCCUCUGUUGGCAAGGUCUCCAUCUCGCGCGAGGUGACAGCUCACACCAACGCUCCUGGCAAGACGAUUCGCGCUUUUGGCAAGGCAGAGUUCGCCCAGCCCUGCGAGGAGCCCCGUGCCACCAGCGUCUCUGUCAUGGCCACCACCCAGGACGGCCAGCUCCUCGUCGAGAUUGAGGACCUCAAGGUUGCGCCCAUCAUCGACGGUGAGGGUGAGACCGACUCUAGCACCCCGCGUGAGCUUUGCUACAAGCUCGAGUGGGAGCAGGUUCUGAAGCCCGCCCUCGUCAACGGUACCCCUGCCGACUCCAACACGCUGCCCGAGGCCGAGAUUGUCAUUGUACAUGGUGACACCGCCUUCCAGCACACCCUUGCCCGCGCACUGGCCGAUAUUAUCGAAAAGGCCACAUCUACUUCGCCUGUGGCAAUGGGCACACUUGGCCACAUCGAGACCGAGGGCAAGGUCUGCAUCGUCUUGACCGAGAUUGACAUGCCUUUCCUUGCCGACCCUACGGAGCAGCAGUUUGAAGCCGUGCAGAAGCUCAUCGGCUCUGUUCAGGGUCUCCUCUGGGUUGUGCGUGGGGCUUACGACAAGGCAACCUCUCCCGACUCCAACAUGGUCUGUGGUCUUUCUCGUUCGGUCAGGUCAGAGACUCUGCUGCCGUUUGCGACACUCGACCUGGAUUCCAUCGAGGCUUCCACCGCCCACGUUUCCAAGUCCAUCCUGGACGUGUUCAAGAUCGCCUUCAAUGGUGGUUUGAGCGCAACCAAGGAGAUGGAGUUUAUGGAGCGUGGAGGCAAGCUCUUCACCCCCAGGAUCCUGGAUGAUGCAGAGACGAACGCCUACGUGCACAAGCGCACCAACCCCGACAUCCUCGAGAAGCAGCCGUUUGCCCAAGAGGGUCGCCAGCUGAAGAUGGUUGGUGGCAAGACGCUGCACUUUGUCGACGCCACGAUCGACACUCUCGGCGCUGACGAGGUCGAGAUUGAGGUCAAGGCUGUGGGUGUCAACGCCAGUGAUGCUCAGCAACUGGCCAAGAGCACUGCCGAGUCGCCUGCUCCUGUUGGAUCCGAGGCAGCUGGUAUUGUCACCCGGGUCGGCGCCAAUGUCACCUCCGUCAAGAAGGGUGAUCGCGUUGCCGCACUGACCCUCUCCAGCGGUGCUUACUCGACCGUCACACGAGCCUCUGCCGCCAACACCAUCCCGAUCCCUCAGGCUAUGGACUUUUCCCAGGCUGCGACGUUGCCCUUUGCCUAUGUGACCGCCCACCACGCUCUUGAGCAGGCUAGGCUUUCAUCGGGCCAGAGCGUCCUCAUCCACUCUGCUGCCAGUGCUGUUGGCCAAGCUGCCGUCUGCCUCGCCCAGCUCCGCGACGCCGAGGUGUUUGUCACCGUGUCCUCUGCUGCCGAGAAGAAGCUGAUCAUGACCAAGUUCUCCGUGUCUGAGGACCGCAUCUUUUACAACCGCGGCGUAGGCUUUGGAUCAGCUAUCCGAGAAGCAACUGCCGGUGAGGGUGUAGAUGUUGUCAUUUCCAUCCGAUCAGACGCCGAGGUUGUUCGUGAGAGCUGGGACUGCCUGGAUCGAUUCGGCUGUCUUGUCAACGUCUCUGAAGGAUCGUCUCGUCUCGAUCUGAGCACUGAUGGUCGACCAAGCAACGCAUCGUUUGUCAACGUUGACAUUCAAUGCCUUGCUGCCGAGCGCCCUGCCAUUCUCAAGAGGCUGGUUGACAGUGUUGCCAAGUUGGUUGGUCAGGGCCAGGCUACUCCUGUAGAGGCCACCGUCUUUGCUGUGUCUGAGGUUCAAGAUGCUCUCAAGAGCGCCAGCAAGACAUCCUGUGGAAAGUCGGUGGUUGUUCUGGGCGCUGACGACAUGGUAAUGGCCACACCCUCCAAGGUCACCAAGAAGAUUCUCCGCUCCGACGGCACCUACCUGCUCAUCGGUGGAACUGGUGGUCUCGGUCGCAGCAUGGCCAAGUGGAUGGUCGACAACGGUGCCGGCAAUGUCGUCCUUCUCUCCCGUAGCGGUUCGGCCACCGGACAAGUCAAGCAGCUGAUCGAUGCCGCAAGCGAGGCCGGAUCCCAGGUGAUUGUCAAGCGCUGCGAUGUUGCCAACAAGGCUAGCGUCGACGAGCUGUUCAAGGGACUGAGUGAUCUGCCUCCAGUCCGAGGUAUUGUUCACGGAGCCAUGGUUUUGAGGGAUGUCCUCUUUGAGAAAAUGGCAUACACCGAUUACACCACCGUCAUCGAGUCCAAGGUCGCUGGCGCCUGGAACUUCCACCACGCCCUGGCUGCCAACUCUUGCCCCGUCGACUUCUUCAUCGCCAUCUCAUCCGCAGCCGGUGCCGUCGGCAACAGAGGUCAGGCCGCAUAUGCGGCCGCCAACACGUUCCUCAACGCCUUGGUGCAGCACCGCCUUGCCGCAGGUCUGCCCGCCGCGUCUUUGGACCUGACUGCCGUUUCGGAUGCUGGAUACCUCGCCGACGGUGACGCCGAGCGUGCUGCAGAGGUGGCCAAGAACCUGGGUGCCGACAGUACAAUCUGCGAGGCCGAGGUCUUGGCUCUCAUCGGGGCUUGCAUCGAGGGCAAGACGAACGUCUGCAACGGUCACGUCAUCACUGGUAUGCGCAUCCCGCCCACGCCUACCAAGCCUUUCUGGGCCACGGAUGCCAAGUUCAAGACGCUGCGGUUGACCGCCGAGGCGGCCGAGCUGGCGGCAAACGGAGGCGACUCUGCCACGGCGUCGCUAUCGCCAGGUGCAGCAGUCAAGGCCGCAACGUCGCUGGCCGAGGCGGAGGAGGCGGUCUGCGCAGGCCUGGUCGACAAGAUCUCGUCGGUGCUCAUGAUGGAGGCGGACGAGAUUGACGUGACCAGGAGCUUGACGCACUACCCGCUCGACUCGCUGGUGGCCAUUGAGAUUCGCAACUUUAUCACGCGGGAGUUCGAGGCCAACAUGCAAGUGUUGGAGCUGUUGAGCAGUGGAAGCGUGCAGACGCUGACCAAGGCAGUCUGCAAGAAGAGCAAGCUUUGUGUUGGGUUGAGCUAGAUUUGUUUUUUUUCUUGCCGUUUUUUGAGCCGUCAUAGUAUUUCCUUUGUUGAGCCGUCGAACCAUAAUUGGCGAGAAUUGGUUGUAUUAAUUCACAGCAUAGAUGCUGAGCUGGCUUGGAUAUAUGGGCGGCAAGUUUGGAGUUUUAGUGUAGUUUAUAGAAUUGAGUUUAUACAUAGCGUUAUACUGCUUGUGGC